UGGAAGGCGCGCCUGCGCGUUCACGCGAGUACGAGUGCAAUCAUCCUUCUUUUUCUUUUUCUUUUUUUCCGAGUCCAUCUCUGUCGCGGGGAAGAUGGAGGGCACGGCGUACGGAGCGGGCAGGGCCGGAGGAGCCUUCGACCCCCUCACGUUCCUCCAGCAGCCUCACACCGUCCUCCGCAUGGUAUCUUGGCUUUUCUCGUUAGUAAUAUUUGGCUGCAUUGCUAAUGAGGGCUACGUGAACAGGCCGGAUGAGGUGGUGGAGUACUGCGUCUUCAACCGGAACCAGAACGCCUGUAACUACGCUGUAGGUAUGGGCACGCUGGCCUUCAUUUCCUGUAUGGCCUUCCUGGCACUGGAUGUGUACUUCCCUCAGAUCAGCAGCAUAAAGGGCCGCAAGAAAGCCGUGCUCACCGACAUCGGGGUGUCAGCAUUUUGGUCCUUCGUCUGGUUUGUGGGCUUCUGCUUUAUGGCCAACCAGUGGCAGGUGGCAAAACCUGAGGACAAUCCACUGAAGGAGGGCGCAGAUGCUGCUCGCGCUGCUAUCACCUUCUCCUUCUUCUCCAUCUUCACUUGGGCAGGACAGUCCUUCCUGGCAUUCCAGCGCUUUAAGUUGGGGGCGGAUUCGGCGCUUUUCUCGCAGGACUACACCGACCCGAGCCAGGAUGCGGCCGCCGCUCCAUACAGCGCCUUCACCAGCGGCGACGAACCCGAGAGCCCUGGAGGCACAGGCUCCUACCAGCAACCCAAUGGAGAAGGGAUGUUUGACGGGUCCGCAGGAUACCAGCGUCAGGAGUACUAACUAUAUGGAGGAAAGGCAGGAGGUGGAGCUGUGUUAGUUCUGCAAGGUGGCGUGGAGUUAUGUAGGAAAUGUUUCCAGCCAGCACCACACAUUUGACCAGUUAAGAAUGUUUUCAGCCAUCUAGACAGUUUUAUUUGAUUUUUUGAGUGUCGUCAUUUUGAGUGUACGGCUUUAGUUGUAGGGUUUGAAAGAAAGAGUGAUGAAAAAAGCAGGGAGUGAGGUUAGCUUUUUAAAGAGCUAUACAGUGUGAUCAUACCGGUUUGCCUUGAACCAUUAUUUUGUCUGGUGUCUUGGCUGAGUAAUCAAAACCAUCUCCUUGGGGUUACUUAAAAUAGACAUAUUAUGUUCUGCCAAUAAGCAAGCACAGCCACGGAGCCUAUGCUGAACAAAUUACACUAUUGAUUGGGAUCUUAUAUUGAAGAAUAUAGAUAAAAUAUGACAUGAAUAGCUGUUUCAUUCUGGAGGCAGGUACCUGUUCCAUUGUAUUUAAAUAGCAUUUCAACCAAAAAGGAAGCAUCACAUUUGGGUCACCCUUUAGUCAUAAAUCUUUGAAUUCAUUUUUAAGUCAUAACUUUUAGGGUAGCCAGUGAAUUUGCGGUGGAUUCACUAGUUUAUUUUUGGUGUAUGUGAGGAUAAACCCUAAACUACCAGAAGCUAUUUAUCUGGUGCUAAACACAGCACAACAGUUCACUAAAUAACGUAGCUAACUAGCAAGCCAAACUUCAUGCAGUAACCUAGCUGAAUGUUAGCGAGAUUUUUUAAAUUGUAUUUACUUCUGCCAUUUUAAAAGCACAAAUUUGAACAGAAACAUAGCUGUUAGUUACAAGAAAAGCAGUUUGCUUACCAUUUGAAAUAUCCACAAAUUCUAAACUAAUAAUUCUAAACUAAUCCAAAUUUUCAUGUGGUCAGGUGAAUAUGGAGAAGAGUCCUUACCCAAGCCAAAAAAAGGAAUCACACCGGUUAAAACAAAUGAGAAAUCCAAUACACAAACAACAUUUUCAUUAGUGACAUGUAGAAAACAUGGCACACUGAAAAGCAAAAGCUUUAUUGCUUGAGCUUAUUAAUGAAAAUCAUUCACUUUUAAUAGCAGUUCAUGCCGAUGCAUUGCAGUUUCACUGUGUGAUUCCAUUUAAGACAGAAAAGGAACCACACUGGUUAAAAAAAAAAAAAAAAAAAAAAAAAACGGAAAUACAAUGCACAGUCUGCAUUGCUUUUUUUAAUUAGUGUCAUGCAGAAAACAUGCCACACUGAAAAGCAAAUUGUUCAUGGUUCAUCAUUCUCUUAUGUUGUUUGGUCUCUAAUGAAAAACAGCAGAUCAGCGGAUGUUUUUUAAUCAUGAAAAACCGAAUUUAUGUCAGAAGUAAAUAUAUGUAUGAACUAGAAAUCCCACUUUAAAAAAAAAAAAAAAAAAACUUGAAAUGCACUAAAAAAAAGUCUGUACUGCUUUUCAUUAGUAAUAUGUACAAAAUGUGCCACACUGAAAAGCAACCCGGCUGAAAAAUACUGUAGAAGCCAUAACAGAAACUCUAAUGGUUUCCACUACAAAUGCCAUUAUAAACCAUCAGCUAACCAUUAAAACAUUUACCAUUAUUGGUCCUUAAUGGUAUCCACUAGACAUAAUUUUCCACCAAUAGAAGGCAACAGAUUACCAGUAGAGACCCACAGAGACCAUUACAGUUUUAAAGCCAAUACAAUUCGUUUGUAGUGGUUUUUCAGCAGGGAUUCACUUCACUGCAUUGCCCUUAUGUCACUUGAUCUCUUUUAUGAAUAACAAUCAGAAGUGCAUUAUAUUUCUAAUAUUCAUGUUCUUUAACCAGUAUAAUUGUUCCUCAAAUGGAAUCUUGUCCAUAUGUGAACAGUAUUCUAUAAAUAUGAUGCUCCUUUUUGGCGAAAGUAAAGAACCUUCAAGGGAAGCUGUCCUCCAAAUGCCAAUAUUGUCCAAAAAUGCUGUCAACCUACAAAUCUGCCUUCUAAUUGGAACAUAAGUUUGUGCCCCAAAAAGUCUGCAACGUUUAUAAUUUCAUAGCAUUUUAAGACAGUGCUUAUGAGUGUCUUCACCUGUGUGUGUAUGUAUGAUUGGAAAUAUGUCUUAGAAUCUGGAUAUUACACAUUUUACGAGCUCAUUGUGACACUCAAGACAACGGUCAUGUCACUACAUUGUCAUGGAAAUGAUCAAAUAAUAUUGGAAACCAUAUGGAAAAAAAAAAAAAAAAACACUGCCGCUAACACACGUCAGAUCCCAGUGCCUCCAUUUGCACCAUGCAGAUGAGGUGUGUGCGUUAUGGUGUCAGGAUUACCCUAUGUCUCUGUGAGUCUUUGUCUCUAUGUGAUGAUGGGAUGAAAAUGGUGGUUGUAAGGAGAAUAGCUCUGUGUUCCAUGUUUCAUUUAUUAUAAAACAUGCCCUUGUUGACUUCGCUUCACGACUUCAUCACUUGAUCCGACAGCCCUUGUUUUUCCGUCAUUGCUAAUUAGCUGUUUUCCUAGCUAGUAUGCAAGAACGUUUGCUAACUAGCGUGCAUGCUAACUAGCUAGCUUAUUAACUAGCUUGCAGAAUAAAGUUAGGUCCACUGUUGUAUGUUGUAUAGGUGGAGUAAAUGGCUAUAUCUGGAUGCAGCAAAACAUCUCUAAAAAUGAAAAAAAAAACAAAAAAAACACAGCACCUUAAAUAGUACUUAAAACUCAUCUACAGUGCUGUGAAAAAGUAUGUACUUUUUUACAUACUAAAUUGUUUCAGAAAAUAAAACAAAGGCAACCUGAGUAAACAAAAAUACAGUUUUUAAAUGAUAAUGUUAUUUAAUGAAGAAAAAAAGUUUUCCAAUACCAACUGGGCCUGUGUGAAAAUGUAUUUGCCCCCGUAGUUACUAAUUCCCCAAAUCUAUGAAACUGCAUUCAUUAUGUGGUUUAGCUGGACUAGACGCAACCAGGUCUGAUUACUGCAAACCCUGUUCAAUCAGAACAACACUUAAAUAGAACUUUUUCAACAGCAUGAAGUUGGUUAAAAGGUCUUACCCAGUAACACACUAUGCCAAAAUUAUAAGAAAUUCCAGGAAGAAGGUGAUUGAAAUACAUCAGUCUGGGAAUGGGGUACAAAGCUAUUUCAGAGGCUCUGGGACGCCAAAGAACCACAAUGAGAGCCAUUAUGUCCAAAUGGAAAAAUUCAGCACGGUAGUGACCCUUCCCAGAAGUGGCCGACCUUCCAACAUUCCUACAUUUACAGCUAUACAAAAUUACAGUGGUCUGUUACAAAGCUUUGACACUUGAGACUCCUUCAAAAUAAAAAAUGCACAUCAGCACUUCAAAUCAACAAUUACACACGUUUUUUAAUACUUUUAUGUGGAGAGUUCACAGAAGACUUCCCUGUGUCAGUUGUUUCUAUACAAACUAUAAUGUAAUAGAAUGAGUGCACUAAUAGAAACUUGUGAUUUGCAUUGCUAACUUGGUUAGCAUGUUACUGGAACACCUCGAGGUUGGCAGUUUGAUUCCCGCCUGUGAAGGAUAAGCGGUACAGAAAAUGGAUGGAUGACCAAUCUUCUAUGGUAUAGAUUGGUUGAAAAUGGCUUGUUUCUGUGUUUCACUCUCCUAUGUUCACAUUUUUCAGCCUGGAAAUUAGCUCUAGCAGAACAGAGAUAUUCAGCUCUGCCCUUUUUCUUUAAUAGGCAGCUCACAAGGAUGGGUGGGGUCAUUCAGUCCAUCUUGCAUACAGUAGGGGGCAUAUAUGGGUGCACGAUGGUUCAGUGGUUAGCACUUUCAUCUCACACCUCCAGUAUCGGGGGUUCGAUUCCUGCUGUAGCCCUUUGUGUAUGGUGUUUGCAUGUUUUCCCUGUGCUGCAGGGUUUUUUUCCGGGUACUCCAGUUUCCUCUCCCAGUCCAAAGACCUGCAUAGUAGGCUGAUUGGCAUGUCCAAAGUGUCCGUAGUGUAUGAAUGUGUAUGUAAUUGUGCCCUGCAAUGGAUUGACACCCUGUCCAGGGUGUACCCUGCCUUGUGCCCCAUGCUCCCUGGGAUAGACUCCAGACUCCCUGCAACCCUGUAGGAUAAGUAGUAGAGAAAAUGGAUGAUGGAUGGAUAUAUAUAUUAAUAAGGAGAUGUCAACAAGGGCAUGUUGGUUGUGGUCAUGUUAAAACCACAAACAAACAGUUCACUAGGUUCAACAUGUAGCCAGAUAAAAACCCACACCUCGAUUAUUUCAGUUUUACAAUGUUAACUAACAUCAGCAUCUGCAGCUUGGCAUCUUGAUUGCAAUUCUGCAUUCAUACUCAGAUUCUUCUCCAGCAUCGGUCAUCUUGGCUAUCGUUUUUUAAAAAUAAAUGACACAGGCAUAUGUGAAUAGUCAUGGCUGUAAAAAUGAAGCUAUUUAUCGAAAUCAUCCAUGUUGUCUGUGCUUGUAGAGCUUAUUUACAAGAUAACAAUGAAAUCACUGUUUGAUUUUUUUUUUUCCAGACAGAAAAUAUUUUUUUGCUUAAUGUGUCUGGAGGAACUGAUUCUUUGCUCCAAUGUCAUUUCAUAUAACAGUAUAUAUGUAAAUCUGUAAUUGAAUAUAAAACUUUAUUUUAAAAACAUUUAAGAUGUGAAAAGUAUACACAACUCUAUUGUCCUUCUCUGUCCCUCCUGUAUUUACGUGAACAUCUCUCGCCCCCUCUCUCUCUGUAUUGAAGGUUGUUUUGUUUUCCCUGAAUUCACAUUCUGAAAAUAUGAUUUUAUUUUGGAAUAUUACACAUUAUAUGAAUCUAUAUAAAACAGUUGGCAGAUGAACCUAAAUAGCUAUGUAGGACUGUGUGACCUCUGUGUUAUUCUAGAUAGCUACAUAAAAACAAAAAGAAAACGAGUCUAUUGAGUGCUACUGUUUUUUGGUGUAAUGGAUUUUAUGUAUAUUUAAAACACAAUAAAGAAAUAUAU